CGAUCACUUGUUAGAAUCUGAUUCCAAUAUCGUCACAUAUACAUGCAUACAUAGCAAAAGAACCAACAUUAUUUCACUAAAGGGCGGGCCAACGAGAGAGACAGAGAGAGAGAGAGAGAGCAUUGAUUGAUUCUGUCUGGCUGUCUGCCUGCGACUGCGAGAAUGGUGAGGAAGAAGACGGAGCCGCAAUCAGAGGCAGAGGUAGAAGCAAACAAAUUAGGCAUGGUGGCAAUGACGAAGAAGAAGUACAAGGGGGUGAGAAUGAGGAGCUGGGGGUCAUGGGUAUCUGAGAUUAGGGCACCCAGCCAGAAAACUAGAAUAUGGCUGGGCUCUUAUUCCACCCCAGAGGCAGCCGCCAGAGCCUACGACGCUGCUCUUCUCUGUCUCAGGGGCGCCUCCGCCUCCCUCAACUUCCCCAUCGCCCAAAACACCACUACACCUGCGGCCACCCUCUUAUCCCCCAAAUCCAUCCAGAGAUUUGCAGCUUCCGCCGCCGCCGCCUCCCCACCUCCAGCGCCCCCUCCCACCUCCACCUCCUCAUCGCCGGCAAUAAUGUCCAUGACUAAUCAUAUUCAGGAUCAGGAGGAGGAUGAUAUCCCAUCCUUGCUGCUGCAGCUGGAUACCUCCAAGCAGACGCAGUGUUGUUGUGAUGAAGCUGCUGAGGAGGAGGAGGAGGAGGAGCCGGAGCCCAGCUCGUCUUCCAUCGCACAAUGCUACUACAACCUUGAAGAGUCACCAAAGUACGCCGAUAUGCUCAUGAAUGGGUAUGGGGGGGCGCCACUGCAGUUUGAUGACACUCAACCCCCAUUCAUGGUGGAUGAUGAUGAUGAUGUCUAUGAAGGAGAAGCUGAUAUCAGGCUUUGGAGCUUUUGCUGAUCAUCAUCAUCAUUAUAAUUAUUGAGUUAUAAAACCCAGCCCCGCCCAUUGAUCUCCUAUAUCUAUUUAUUAAUUAAUUUAUUUAUAUCAGUAUUCAUUAGUAUAUACAUAUAUAUAUAAUAAUUGAUCAUUGAUGUAAUUCUUCAACGCGUAAAUUGCUUGAAGACAAUACUACUGACAGUAGUGACCAAAUAAUUAAUGUCUCUGGAGAAGUCCAAUUCGCAUGUGCAGGGAUUAAUUUUAUCAACUCCCUCAUGUGAGCUGCUUCUAUCAAGCCCAGCUACAGAUAUAAUUCAA